AUGUUCUGUCAACAGUUUCAAGAAUGUGAUGAUGCCUCCUCUUCCUCUUCUACAAGUUCUGAUUCUGAGGAAGAUAUUGAAAUAAUUGAUAAAAUAAUUGAUGGGGAAGACAAUCUAAAAGAAAUGAGAAUUCGUCAAGAGAGUCAUGAUAAUUCUAAAUAUAUUUCUUUUGAAAGAAAAAUUGCUGUUAUAAUUUGGUUUCUUUCAACUGGUGAGAAAUUAAGAUGUCUAGGCCAAAGGUUUGAAAUAGCAGAAUUUACAAUGAGUUGUAUUAUUAGAGAAGUUGUGGAUGCAAUAAUUAAAAGAUUUAUGAAUGAAACAAUAAGGCUUCCUUACAAUGAUAGAGAAAUUUGUCAAGUUAAACAAAGGGUGUUUGUUGAUGGUCCUGCUGGAAGGACGUGGCCGGGAGUUGUUGAUGAGGUGGGUGUUCACCGAGGGACGGGCAAAGAUCCUGUGUACUUAGGAAUAGAUACUGUAUAUCCUAAUCUCACUAAAAAUGCUGCCAACAUUACCUUUUAUACAUGCUAUAGCUUUGACUCAGUGCUAGAAGAUAACUUAAAUCUAUACCCAGCUGAAUAUCUUAAUUCCCUAACACCUGAAGAUCUUCCUCCACAUGAACUCACUCUAAAAACAAGAAUAAUUGAAGCCAAAAUAAUAACAGAGGAUCAUCAAAAAAAGCAUGUAUUCAUAUCUAGAAUUCCUCUCCUAUCAUCUGAAGAUAGUGGAUUACCUUUUGUAUUACAAAGAAAACAAUUUCCUGUGCGUCCAGCAUUUGCAUUGACCAUAAAUAAAUCCCAGGGUCAAACACUACCUCAUAUUGGUCAAUAUCUUCCACAACCAGUAUUUUCUCAUGAUCAGCUGUAUGUAGCUAUGUUUUCUGUCAGAAAUGAAUGA